GCGAGGCGGCCCCGCCCCGGAGGCCGGCGGUGAGGGCUCGCACGCUGGCUGGGAAACAUGGCUGAAGUCGGGGAGGACAGCAGCGGGGCCCGGGCCUUGCUGGCGCUGCGCUCGGCUCCCUGCAGCCCGCCCGCCGCCGCCGCCCCCGAGCCGCCGCCGCUGCCUCUGCCGGGGCCCGCCGCCUCCGCCCCGGCCCAGGCCUCGGCGCCGCCGCUCCUGCCCGCGCCGCUGGCCCGGCUGCAGGGCCGCGACUUCGAGUUCCUCAUGCGGCAGGCGGCCGUCACCAUAGGCCGCAACUCCUCGCAGGGCUCGGUGGACGUCAACAUGGGCCACUCGAGCUUCAUCUCCCGCCGCCACCUGGAGCUGGCCUUCCGCGCGCCCCACUUCUACCUGCGCUGCCUGGGCAAGAACGGCGUCUUCGUCGACGGCGCCUUCCAGCGGAGGGGCGGCCCGGCCCUGCAGCUGCCCCCGCAGUGCACUUUCCGAUUCCCUAGUACCGUCAUCAAGAUCCAAUUUACGUCACUCUACCACAAAGAGGAAGUAAAAGAGGAAGCCUCGUCACCCCCACUUCGGCCGCUUUACCCUCAGAUGUCACCUCUUAAGAUCCACAUUCCGGAGCCGGAUCUCCGGAGCUGGGUCAGCCCACUGCCCUCCCCUACUGGCACCAUCAGUGUUCCCAACUCCUGCCCCGCCAGCCCUCGUGGGGCUGGUUCCUCAGGGUAUCGCUUUGUUCAGAAUAUUACCUCGGACCUGCAGUUGGUUGCGGAAUAUGCUGCAAAGGCUACGUCGGAGCAGCAGGUGGAUGCAUCCGGCGGGGACAGCCCGAAGGAUGAGUCCAAGCCACCCUAUUCCUACGCUCAGCUAAUUGUUCAAGCUAUCUCGUCGGCCCAGGACAGGCAAUUAACACUAAGUGGUAUCUACGCCCAUAUCACUAAGCAUUAUCCGUACUACAGGACAGCUGAUAAAGGUUGGCAGAAUUCCAUUCGGCACAACCUUUCCCUGAACCGUUAUUUUAUUAAAGUCCCACGUUCUCAAGAGGAGCCUGGGAAAGGCUCUUUCUGGCGGAUAGAUCCCACCUCAGAAGCCAAACUGGUGGAGCAGGCAUUCCGAAAACGGAGACAGAGGGGUGUGUCCUGCUUUCGAACCCCCUUCGGACCUCUCUCUUCUCGGAGUGCCCCUGCCUCCCCUACCCAUCCUGGCCUGCUGUCCCCUCACUCGAGUGGCCUACAAACUCCAGAGUGCCUGUCCAGGGAGGGCUCGCCCAUUCCACAUGACCAUGACUUUGGCUCAAAGCUGGCCUCUGUUCCGGAGUAUCGGUAUUCACAAAGUGCACCUGGUUCACCUGUAAGUGCCCAGCCAGUCAUUAUGGCUGUCCCUCCUCGGCCAUCUGCCUUGGUAGCCAAGCCAGUCGCCUACAUGCCGGCCUCUAUUGUGACUUCUCAGCAGCCUUCUGGCCAUGCCAUUCACGUCGUCCAACAAGCCCCCACUGUGACUAUGGUCAGGGUGGUGACCACAUCUGCAAACUCGGCGAAUGGAUACAUCCUGACCAAUCAGGGGGCAGCAGGCGGAGCCCACGAAGCGGGUGGAGCAGUCUUGGACUUGGGGGGCGAGCCUCGAGGGAUGGAUGAGAAGCCGGCCAUCGCCUUUGCCGCAAUACCCACUGCCAGCCGAGUCAUCCAGACGGUUGCCAGUCAGAUGGCUCAGGGUGUCCCCGGACAAACAGUCACUAUUCUCCAACAAGCAGCACCCAUGACCCUUGGACAGCACCAGCUCCCUGUCCGGGCAGUGACCCAAAACGGGAAGCACGCCGUCCCUACCAACAGCAUACCCAGCGGUGCUUACACCCUCACAAAUCCGUUGCAGCUGCUGGCAGCCCAAGCCAGUUCCUCCGUUCCUGUGGUCGUCAGCCAGGUGGGUGAGGCUGGGACUAAAGAUGCCGCGGAGCCUCUGAACGAGCCAGACGUCAAAAGACCCCGGAUCGAAGAGUCCCGAGGAGCAGCUCCUUUGCAGUCCACCACCGGCGUCAUCACUUCAACAGCCCCUCAGGGACAAGCAGCCGGGGAAUGAAAAGCAGAAGUGCUCUGCAAGGCAGGCGGCACGGGGGCAGGGAGGGGAAAGUCAAAAGGGGGAAAGACUGCAACUGUAACAUCUCAAGCUUUCAGAAAGAGAUUUUUAAAGCUCUUUUUAAGUAAGCGUUCAAAGGACAGACUAGCCAUUCUUAGAAUCUCAAGGUGCCAAACAAAGGGGAAGAAUCUCCACCAAUCUAUACUUGGGCAUCUGUUCUGUCUUUCACUUUGGAGAUCUAAUUUUCACCCUUCCUCUUUUAGAUUAAAGAAAAUACAGAUAAUUUUGAUUGUA